AAAACAGCACUUUUCCGGAAUUUCUGCCCGGCAGUCUCGGCUCGCAGGUUCAUCGGUUUGGGUUGUUGGUGGAAGUCAGUAUGUUUGUACCCGUGUGGAUUCUGGCAAUUUUCGUGAAAUGUUCCUGGACUUUGUCACUGCUUGGUUCGUUCAAUAUGACCGAGUACUACAAACUACCCAAGCUGUACCUCUACGACGACUAUGACCGCUGUCUGCAGGAGUUCCCCUCCGAAGCCAUCUACUGUCUCGUGGAUACCGAGAUCAAACCAAACUCUACCGCAACAAUCUGGCCACUGAUAGAGAAAUUCUCCAACGACAGCAAGCGCAGCUUCCGGCACGACCGGCUCCAGCGGGGACUCUGCAUGGCCCGGUGUCACGCCAUUUUGGACCGGUUUGACCACCGGACGCAGAUGAAGUACUACCUGGCCCACUGGAAUCAGUCCAGUGAGGUCACGUUUGAUCCGAACACCUUUCGGGGGGCGCUGGACGCGCGGGCCAAGCUGAACCGGCUGGCGAAUCAGUGCGUUAAUUACGAGCUGAAACGGCAGUACGGCAUCAUGGGACACUCGACGGUGGAGUAUUGCGUCAGCAGUCAUGAAGUGGAUUCUUUGGAUUACUUGGACAUAACCUUCCUGGUCGUUCUGGGAGCAAUCAUCCUAGCAGUUUCCCUGUCAUCAUUCUACGAUUUUCGUCUUCGGACGAAGCAGUACUCUGAUAUCAAAGCCAGCACCUACUACCGGACUCCGAUCCGUCGAGGAGUCUCCCAAAAGCUGGUCCUCUUCUCCCUAGCCCGGAACUGGCAAACCCUGGUCGCGAAACGGCGCUCGACCCUGUCCAAAGAUUUGCGCUUCAUUCAGAGUGCACGUUUCCUGGUCAUGUACCUGGUCAUUGCCGGCCACUGCAUGCUGUUCAAUUGCAUCUUUCCGCUGAUGAACCCCGAGUACGUAGAACUGAACUACCGCCGGCUGGUGACGAUGCUGAUUUUCAACGGGCUAACGGUGAUCCAGACCUAUUUCGCCAUUAGCGGAUUCCUGCUGGCGGUGCAAUUUGCCGACUAUGCUGACAGAAGCAAGUCGUUCGCGGUGAAGGACUUUUGCGGCAGCGUUCUGUACCGGUAUUUGAGACUCAUUCCCCUGUACUCCUUCAUGAUUCUGCUGGACGCCACCUGGCUGAACCGCCUGCAGGACGGCCCCGUGUGGAAGCGCGUAGCGGAAACGGAACGCACCUUCUGCCGGAACAACUGGUGGGCGAAUCUGGCCUUCGUGAACAACUACUCCACCGUCGAUGAACCGUGCCUCCAGCAAAGUUGGUACCUGGCCACCGACUUCCAGCUGUUCGUCCUGGGCCUGCUGCUGUUGACCUUCGUGUGGCGCUUCCCAAAACUGCUCCGGCCAACGUUGGCCAUCGCCGUGCUGCUGUCCUAUCUGUCGCCGGGCCUUGUAACGUACUUUUACGGGUUCGAGGGGGUGGUCAUGAUCCGACCAGAGGCCCUCAAGUACGUCAUGUGGUACGACCAGGGCUACCGGCAGAUGUACAUCCCGACGCACACCAACUUUGGCAGCUAUCUGGCCGGAUUGAUUGCCGGGUUGGCGUAUCGUCAACUGAAACGGUCCGAGGCCAGCGUGCGGCAGCGGAAGCUCUUCCAGCUGGCCUGGUACUCUGCCCUUCCGUUGGCCAUCGGGUUGCUGCUGUCGGCGUACGUCUUUUAUGCGUACGAUUUUGAAAAGCCCGCCGUUUGGAUCGCCCUUUAUGCGGCCUUCUCCAAGAACCUGUGGGGUGUCAUCUUUGGGGUGCUUUUUGUGGGGCUUGCGCUUGGAGUGGGAGGCUUCUUCCAGCGGGUCCUCAACAGUGCCAUUUUCCGGCCGCUGGGCAAGGUCACGUACGCCGUGUUCCUGUGCCAUCUGUUUGUGAUCCGGGCCACGCUCGGCAACAUCCGGCAGCCGAUUUAUGUGAGCGAUGUGCGCAUUUUGGUUUCGACGUCGUCCACGCUGGUGCUGGCCUACAUCCUGGGGCUGCUGAUGUGCCUGGGCGUUGAGAUUCCACUGUCAAAUUUGCAGAAAGCGCUGUUUGCGAAAAAAUCGGAAACAUAUUACGAAGAAAAUGUUGAACUUACGAAAAAUGGCAACAACACUACUGUGGAAAGUAACAAUCAAACGGGGCCGUAAGAAUUAGGAAAUUCUUUCUAAUAUGAUAUUUUUAUGUAUUAAUGAUUUUCUAGCAUAUUUUAAAUACACAAUAUAUUUUAAGUUAUUUUAGAAA